UCCAAGAAAACCACAAGAGCGGGAUCGAUAAAGAGACGGGAGAAGAGAGUGAUCGGCUCAUGCCUCCAAAGGUUGAGAUCAUAGAGUCAUGCAUGAGGAGACACCAAAACACAAGCUAUGGCUCUCCAACGUUGACGUCUUUGCUUCCAGGGAUCAUGUACCUACCGUUUAUCUCUACAAGCCCAAUGGAGAUCAGGACUUCUUUUCAAUAGAGAUUCUUAAAAAUGCUUUGAGCAAGGUCUUGGUCACCUUCUAUCCACUCGCCGUCGCUCGCGCAGAGUGCACUAUUGAUGGCUUCAAUGACUUCCGUCCUUCAAUGGCAGUGCGCCAACUACUUGUCCCAUUGGUCAACGAGCCCGAGAGAUCAUGCAUGUUAGCUUUAUUUCAGCUGACAUUGUUCAAGUGUGGUGGAGUUUGCCUUGGUUGUGCCAUACACCACUCGGUUACCGAUGGGGUUUCCGCUGUCCAUUUCAUCAAUGCGUGGUCUGACAUUGCCCGUGGUUUGGACAUUAUCUCUGUUCCUCCUUUUCUUGAUCGCACUGUACUUCGUGCUCGAUCACCACCAGCCGUCUCAUUUGAUCACAUCGAGUACACCAACGAUGAGCUCUACUCUAAGUUAAAAUCUUUAGACGACUUGGGACAAGAAUGUGAGAUAUCGAUACUUACAAUAUCUAAGGACCAACUGAACACCCUCAAAUAUGGUUUUAAAGGUGAAAGAAGUCUCAGCACCUUCAAGGCUGUGGGUGCAUCUCUGGUGUACAGCGUGCAAGGCCUCCCUGAGGAGCAAUAUACGAGGUUUUAUGUGCAUGCCGAUGCUCGUUCACGACUCAAGCCACCACUGCCUGCGGGAUAUUUUGGCAAUGCAAUACUGAGAAUUGGAUCCCAUUUGCGAGUUGGGGACUUGGUUUUAAAGCCAUUUGAGUUUGGAAUUUCCAAGCUUGAUGAAACAAUCAAAAAUCUUGAUGAUGAGUACAUACAUUCAUUAAUGGACUUGUUGGAAAUACACAAAGGUGACAAAAAGAAAGUGUUGGGAUCUAGGUCUGUAAAGAUGACUGAUUUCAUUGUUGCUAGCUGGUUGGCGUUGCCUUUGUAUGAAGCAAAUUUUGGAUGGGGGAAACCAUGGUUCAUGGGAAGGGCAUCUAUGAGAUAUGUGGGUCAAGCGUACGUGAUGCGUAGUGGCCCUGGGAACGACGGAGGUGUCUCAAUUGCUAUUGCAUUUGAGAGUGCGAAUAUGGCACCCUUCAAAGAGAUAUUCUAUAGGGAUUUAGGUUCGCAAGUGGUUUAAAUUGACGUUUGUUUCAUAGAGGAUCCAUGAGAGCGAGAUUUCAGUCUUAUUUACUUCAUAAAAAGUAGUG